AUGGAGGCUGCUCUACGCGAGCUUCGCCACGAGUGCGACGCAGAGGUGACUAUUGAGAUCGGAGAGCCUCUAACAGACUGUAGAGCGGACGACUCGGCUGUGACUUGGCCAGCAGAUGCUGGCGUCUACAUUAAAGCCACUGUGAACGCCCGACAAAGUGACUACAAGCCUCUGUUCAUGUACGUCAACCGGGUCAAAAAAUCAAACCCAAUCCAUCGGGCAACAGCUGUCCGUAUGGCCCAGGCCUCUUGCAAUAUAGCGGAGACCUUGAGAAGUGAAAACCGAAAGACCCCAGGGCCAGCAUCGCUCGAGUACUGGGCAACUGUACAAGCGCGGCAACAUGACGAUGCUCCAGUUGUUCAACCGAACAACGAGACCUUCCGUCAGCUAAACUACAUUGACGCUCGCGCUCGACAACACCAGCACGAAGUUGCGGCGGCGACAAGCGCAGCAAAUGCGGAGACUCGUCGUAUCCAUAUCAUGAUUAACGGCGUGCUAGUACCUAUCGACCUAAACAUCCAAGAGGUUCGGGCAGUUUUGGGUUUACCAGGAUAUGAUCUCCGGCCGCCGUUUCGCGAACGAGCAGUACGUACCGUUGCCGUACCCGAAGACGCAGUUGAUUUAGAUCAUGCUGACGUAGAAGAUGACAGAGCGGACGACUUCGACGAAGACAUAGAAGAAGACGGAGUAGACGAUGAUGGAAGGCAAGCUGUAGUAUAA